AAGUUACCAGGGCCUGCCUUCGCCGGAUGGAGGAUUUGACUCCAUUAACAGAAUACGAAACCGCUCUCCAAAGAGAGAGGGCGAACUGGGAGGAACUACAUGAACAAAAUACUGAGCAGCGGGUGUCCCAGGCCCUGAAGGAGGCAGAGGAGCAGUGGUAUAAUAAGCACCAGAACCAGCCGGAGGGGGAAAGCUCUGGAACGCAGAGGGUGGAGGAUCGCCAAGAGGAGGUGGCCUCUCUCCAGAGUCAGCUGGAGCUGGAGAGGAGAGAGCAUGCCACCCUGCUGAAGGCCGAGCUGGCCGGAGCUAGAGCAGCCUGGAACUGAGAAAAAGAGGAGUUCUAUGCCGUACAGGGCCGCAGCGAGCAGGUUUACCAAAGCAAGUUGCAAGCGCACCGGCGCAGCUCCAGCGGAUGGAAGCCAAGCUGCAACAGACGCUGGGGGCCCGAGAGGAGGAGUUGAGAUGUCAGCAUGCGGAGAACGGAGCAGGCUCAGAGAAAGCAGUUAACAGUCCUUUGAAUCUGCCGCUAAUGGAAUGAAUAAAGUUUGAUGUAGAACCUUUA